GGAGGGAGGGUUCGAGGAAAACAGAAUAGCCUUCUGAUUCAAAUUCAGCGACCUUGGCAUUUGGAACUUCAGACGUCACAGAAAGGCGGUCUACUACAGAAAACACGCGUCGGUCAUCUUGACAUCUUCAAGAAGAAGCCCGCGUCUUCAUCGCCCCAGCUCUUAAAACAGCAACUCAAGUGCACAACCGGUUUGAAGUCUGCAGCCGGGGUUCAUCUACAAAACCAACAUGCACAGCGGCAUUACAGAACCUCUGAAGCCAGUUCUAACCACACAGAACAGCACAGAGGCGCAACAAACCGCACAGAAGCGGUUCAAGUGUCAUUACGAGCAGUGUAACUACUCCAGCAACUGGAUCAAGUGCUAUAAAAGUCAUCUGGCCACUAAACACGACGUAAGAGAAAACCUAUUCUACUGCCACAAGUGUGACUUCAAAGCUGCUCGGAAAGACCACCUGACGAAACAUGUGCUUACACACUCUGACUCCGAGAACCGCCCGAGGCCGCACAAGUGUCCCCACUGUGACUAUGCCGCGAUGGACAAAGGAUCCCUAACCACGCACAUCGCUAGACACACCGACAACAGACCGCACGUAUGUGAAGAGUGCGGCUACAGAGCAGUUACAAAAUCUAUCCUACAUAAACACCUACAGAUCCACACGGGUGAGAAACCGUAUGCAUGUCCUGAGUGCGAGUUCAGGGCUAGAAAGAAGUCUAAGUUGCACUCUCACAUGCGGACACACACCGGGGAGAAACCUUAUGUCUGUGAAGAGUGUGGGCACAAAUCAGCCCACAGGAAAGCUUUACAAAUGCACAUCAUGACCCAUACCGGUGAGAAGCCGUUCAAAUGUUCCCACUGUGACUACAGUUGUAGGAACGUGCAACAAUUAAAGAGGCACGAGGCCGUACACACAGGCGACAAACGGUACCUGUGUGACCAGUGCAGCUACAGGACAUCCAACCUGUCCAACAUGGCCAAACACAAGAUGACUCACAGCGGAGAAAAACCGUACUGGUGUGACCAGUGUGGAUACAGGUCCAACAGAUCCUUCAACCUGAAAACACACAUGAAAACACACCUGAAAACAAACGCCAAGGACAAAAGCUAAG